GAUGUGUGGGUCAAUUGCAAGAGCAAAGUCAUUCCUUUUGCAAGCUUUAAAGGUACCCCCCUCCCCCUCCACAACACACACAUUCUCCUCACCUCAUCUCAUCUCAUCGAUCACUCUUCUUCCUCUACUCCCGCGCACGCACACAUGCGGCCAGAGCUUAGCUCAGCUUAGCUUAUUUCCCCACCUCGCACGGAGGCACACACACAAGCCAAAGCCCGCUCCCCCUUCAAACGCGCGCAGCUUGCCAUGGAGAGUGGUGGCAUCAUUGCGGCAUGUACUCCCCAAUGAUUGAUCUCUCACCGUCUCUUCUCCCAACCACCACCUCGUCCUCCUCCCUUCCUGCCCGCCUCACUACAAAAUGACCAGCAACGGCAGUCGGAACAUCAGCAGCUGCAGCACCGGCGGAAGUGACGCGGCGGCCAGUGGCAGCUGGCUGGGCUUCUCGCUGUCGCCGCACAUGGCGCCCAUGGACUCCACGGCGGACGGCUCCAACGGCGUGCAUCAGCAGCACCACGGAGGCCUCUUCUACCCUCCCGUCACCUCCUCGCCCGCGCCCUUCUGCUACGCCCCUGGCGGCCAAGAUAGUGUCGCCACGGCGGGCGCCAAUGGCGGAGGGUUCUACACCGGGAUCUCCUCCAUGCCGCUCAGGUCCGAGGGCUCCAUCUGCGUCAUGGAGGCUCUCCGGAGAGAACAAGAACAACACCAUGGGGUGGUGGUGUCGUCGGCAUCGCCGAAGCUGGAGGACUUCUUGGGCGCGGGACCAUCGAUGGUGCUGAGCUUGGAGAACUCCAGCUUCUACUACGGCGGCCACGGAAACCACCACGGGCACGCCCAGGACCACGGCGCCUUCCUGCAGCCGCUGCAGUGCUCCGUGAUCCCCGGCGCGGUCUCGCACGACGUGUACGGCGGCCACGCGCCGCUGGUGGACGAGCAGUCCGCCGCCGCGGCAAUGGCCGCGAGCUGGUUGUCCGCCGGCGGCGGAGGCGGCUACGACAACAGCGCCGGCGCGAUAAUGCCGCACCCGCUCGCGCUGUCCAUGAGCUCCGGCUCCGGGUCCGGCUCCGGGUCCCAUUCCAGCUGCGUUACCAUGCAAGUCGGCGUCCACCCCCACGCCGACGCCGUCACCGAGUACAUAGCCAUGGACGGGAGCAAGAAGCGCGGCGGCGUCGGCGGGCAGAAGCAGCCCACCGUCCACCGCAAGUCCAUCGACACCUUCGGCCAGCGCACGUCGCAGUACCGCGGCGUCACCAGGCAUAGGUGGACGGGGAGGUAUGAGGCGCACCUCUGGGACAACAGCUGCAGAAAGGAAGGCCAGACCAGGAAAGGCCGGCAAGUUUAUCUCGGUGGGUAUGACAUGGAGGAGAAAGCCGCGAGGGCUUAUGACUUGGCGGCGCUCAAGUACUGGGGGCCGUCCACGCACAUCAACUUCCCGAUUGAGGACUACCAGGAGGAGCUGGAGGAGAUGAAGAACAUGACCAGGCAGGAGUACGUGGCUCACCUCAGAAGGAAAAGCAGCGGUUUCUCGCGUGGUGCUUCGAUCUAUCGAGGAGUGACCAGGCAUCACCAGCACGGGCGGUGGCAAGCCCGCAUCGGCCGCGUCUCCGGCAACAAGGAUCUCUACCUGGGAACAUUCAGCACUCAGGAGGAGGCGGCCGAGGCGUACGACGUCGCGGCGAUCAAGUUCCGCGGCCUGAACGCCGUCACCAACUUCGACAUCACGAGGUACGACGUCGACAAGAUCAUGGAGAGCAACACGCUCCUCCCAGGCGGGCAAGUCCGGCGCAAGAAGGACGGCGAGGGCGGCGCCGCAGCGAUCUCGGAGAGCGACGCCGUCGCCAACGCGGCGGCCGCCCUGGUGCAGGCCGGCAACGCCACUGACUGGAAGAUCCAGGCGGCUGCAGCGCUGCCCGGUGCUGCGAGGACGGCCGGGCCGUGCGGGGACGAGCACGGCCACCAUCAGGAUCUCCUGGCGAGCGAGGUCUUCUCGGUGCUGCACGACAUCGUGUCCGUGGACGCUGACAACGCGCGUGGCAAUGCCAGCGCGCACAUGUCGAACGCGUCUUCCCUGGCCACGAGCGUGAGCAACUCCCGGGAGCAGAGCCCGGAUCGGGGCGGCGGCCUCGCCAUGCUCUUCGCCAAGCCCGCGACGUCCAAGCUGACCUGCCCGCUGCCGCUGGGCUCCUGGGUGUCGCCGUCGCCGGUGUCAGCAAGGCCCGGCGUGUCCAUCGCGCACAUACCAAUGUUCGCCGCGUGGACCGACGCAUGAACAGCUAGUCUCUUAGCACAGCAGCACAACCAUGGCGCUAGAUGGGGUUGAUAGGCAAAGACUGUUGUUCACGUUGUUAAAUUAGGGCAUGCCAGUAACUGGGUAAGGGAUUAGCAGCAGCUGAAGUUGAAUUAUCUGGUGAGGAAUAGCUAGCCAUGCAUGCUUGGCGUUUUCUGAUUCCUCCUCCUAAAUCAGCGUUGCGAGAGGAGGUUUCUUUUUGUAAUACCGAGGCAAGCAACAGCAGCAUGGAUCUCCUCCUAUAGCCACACUAACCUGUAGUAGAAUGGUUAGUGUUGAUCUCCUAACUUCAAGAAGGAAAAUAUGCCAAGUUUAGUUUGCCAAUUUG